AUGAUUCCUCAGCAGUUCGUAAUUACAGUUGCUUUAGGUUUUUCUCUUAUUUCCUUGCAAUACGCUGAAGGUCUGAAUUAUGUCAUGAUCAAUAUUUUGGAAUUGAACCAAAGUAGUGCAGAUGACAACGAAACGUCAGUAAACAACCCUUGCGAGGAUGACAUGUCAUCCUUUGAAUUUCUACUGACGGGAAAUGACAAAGGCGUCUCAAAUAUGCCUCCUGAUACUGCAAACACGACAGAUGUACAACCACCAUUCGGCUCUCUUCCACCAACGCCAGCAAAUGAUGACGGCGUCUCAGAUUCCCCCCCUGUUCAUACCGCGAACGUGACAGAUAGACCACCCACAUUCGGCCCAAUAGGGACGGUACACAGCACUCAAGAUCCUUCCACGAUCAUCCCAACAUCCACUGAUGAGAGCGUAGCAACCUUUCCAGCUGAAGCGCCAGUUUUACCAAACUGCAACCCACCACUUUGCUCUCGGGUAAUCAACAUAACAUGGCUGUCUUUGCCUCCUUUUAUUUUUCAGUCUAAUGACAACACCGAUGUAAAAACCAAGAAAUCAGAUGGCAACCUCACGGGUGUAUUUUACAGCAUUAUUGGGCGCCGUUCAGUAUUGUUGCAAAUAUCUGGACAAUAA